AACAGACUAUUUUUGAAUUCUUUGGGCGCGUUUUCGUUUUAUUGUGCUGCACAUUGACACAGGAGUGACAGUUUUUUAUUUCUCACCAGAGACAAAGUGAAACAGUAUCCCCUAACGCCAUGGAGGCAGCCAAUAACUUUAAGACUCCCUGCAAACAGGCCAGGGUGAAGAGAGGGUCUGACAGGUCCUUUGGAACUCCAUCCUCAAUGGUUAUUCCAGCUUCUCCCUUCAUGCAGAAACUGGGAUGUGGAACCGGUGUGAAUGUGUAUCUCAUGAAGAGAACUGACAAAGAGUUCCAGUCUCCCUGGGCCAUAAAGAAGAUCAACAGCAAGUGUGCCAAAACCCAGGUGCAAGUCUACCAGAAACGGCUCAAUGAGGAGGCGAAGAUUCUAAAAAACAUACAGCACCCAAACAUUGUUGGAUUUCGAGCUUUUGCCACGGCUAAAGAUGGUUCAAAGUGUCUGGCUAUGGAGUUUGGUGGAGAACAGUCUCUGAAUGACCUCAUAGAGAAAAGGAGGGAAGAAGGUAAAAAGGCAUUCCCUGCUGCUACCAUCCAAGAAGUAGCUUUGCAUGUGGCACGUGGUCUUAAGUAUCUGCAUAAUGAGAAGAGACUGUUGCACGGAGACAUCAAGUCCUGUAAUGUUGUAAUUAAAGGAGAUUUUGAAACCAUUAAAAUCUGUGAUGUUGGGGUUUCACUUAAGCUGGAUGAGAACAUGAAAGUGAGUGACCCUAAAGCACUUUACAUUGGUACUGAGCCCUGGAAACCUAAGGAGGCGUUAGAGGAGGGUGUAAUUACUGACAAAUCGGAUAUCUUUGCCUAUGGGCUGACGCUGUGGGAAAUGAUGACCCUGUGUGUACCUCAUCUUGACCUGCUUGAGUGUGACAGUGAAGAAGAUGAUUCCUUUGAUGAAGCUGACUUUGAUGAGGAUGCUUAUUAUGAAGCUUUGGGGACUCGACCUGCUCUCAACAUGGAUGAGCUGGAUGAAUCAUACCAACACGUCAUAGAGCUUUUUUCAGUCUGCACUAAUGAAGAUUUUGAAAAGAGGCCCUCUGCUGCUCAGAUAGUUGAAGUGUUAGAGGCAGUCAUGCCAGAGCCAAGCAAAUAGAAUCGCAUUUUCUUCGGCUUCUUAAGCCUUCUGCUCAUUCUCCUAGUACUGUACUAGAGUGUAAAACCUGUGUAAGGUUUGCCUUUAACUAAUUAGCACUGUAGACUUUUUACUUUGACCGUCUGUCACAUUAAGCUAGUCUCACAAUAUGAUGUCCAGUUGUAAAAACAUCAUCUAGUAGAAUAUCAUUUGCAUAUGUUCAUAUUAAAAAUAAUUUGUUUUGCCAAGAAGCAAAAUAAGGAAAUUUCCAAAGGCCUCAUAAUACCCUGAAUGAAAACAAUAUUAGUCCCAUAUUGUUGUUUUCAUCAUGGUUACAGAUUUAUAUUAUAGCUAUAUAUGAAUAAACCCAUUUUUCUAGGCAGUAGGUAGCAGUGUUUUUGAAGGACAUUGAAAUAUAGUAACUAUAACCUCUCUUUAGUACAUCUUCCAUAUUGUUAUAUAUGUAAUUUCAUUCUUGACUGUAAGCUUACCUGUUUGUUUUAUGUGAAAGUGUUUCCGUCAGCUUUGGUAUUUUUGUUCCUGUUCAUUGAUAUUACGUUUAGGUAUACAGUGUGUACUUUGUCUAAUUUUAAAUUCUUAUUAAAAAUAUAUUUUUCCUGCACCUUAGUCUUAAAUCUUUUUAAAUAGUUUUGGAUAAAUAAAUGUUAUUCAUAUAGC